UGCUGCGGGUUACGACAGGAUGUUGACGUCAAAAAAAAUCGAUACCGUAGCCAUGGCAACCUAAACUCAACAUUUAAAUCCCGUCUACGUGUUAUUGUUAUUUAUUUAAAACUGAAUUAACGUACACAAGUUCUUAACAAACGAUUGAUUUAGCAUUGAGGUGAAGGUGCUUAAAAAGUUUUCCACCACCGGACUUGGGGUAGUGGCUGCUCAAGAAUGGACAGUAGCAGCAGUGAAGAAGAGGAGGAAGACAAAAAGCAUUUUUCGGCAUUCAGCAAAUUCGACGAGAGCAUCGAAGUUAGAAACGCCGAAGAAAUAAAGAGUCCUGUCAGUGGCACCGAAAAGUCCUCACUCAUGAGAAAAAGUACAAAAAGUGUUUCAAACUCUUUCGAGGCCGAGGAAAUGGAACUAACCUCCCCCGACAAACGAAAUUUCCGAAGAUUUUCAAAUCAUGAAAGUACGUUUGAAAAACCAGUGAGACCAAUUGAAAGUGAUCCAUCAGACAGCGAAGAAUCUGACGACGAUGAUAUCGAAGGUACCAAAGUUAAAAAACCCGUGGAACUUUACAAUCCAAAGGAAUUUGAAAAUUUGGAAGCUUCUGCUGAAGUCAAAGAAUUAUUCCAAAAUAUCAUGAGGUACACACCCCAGAAGAUAGAGCUAAAUUAUAAAUUAGCCCCUUAUAUAAUGGACUUUAUACCGGCGGUCGGUGACAUUGAUGCCUUUAUAAAAGUACCUCGACCUGAUGGGGUAGCUGAUAAGGUCGGUUUGACGGUCCUGGAUGAGCCAUGCGCGAAUCAAUCCGAGCCCGCGGUUCUGCAUUUGCAACUGCGGAGCCAAAGUAAAAGCGCGGACUCGCGCAGAACUGCAGUGAUAAAACGCGUCGAGGACGCGGAAAAAAAUCAAAAGUCUAUUGACAGGUGGAUUGAGGACAUGGGUCUGUUACACAGAAGCAAACAUCUGCCGGCAGUAAGACUGACCAGUCCCAUGCCGGACAUCGACUCGCUGAUUCAGCAGUGGCCCCCUGACAUCGAGGACAAGCUCAGCGAAGCUCAGCUCGACUUUUCUACCCUCGACUGCGAGCUCCCGCGGGUUGUGGAUUUAGUCUGCAAUUUACUGGACAUUCCUGUAAAACCGGAAACGAGACUAGAGUCACUGCAUACCCUCUUCACUUUGUUUUUAGAAGUCAGGGAGUUCAAAGACCGCGGGACUUUUUAAUUUUACUCGUUUUAGUAUUAAUUUUUUUAUAUUAAUGUUUGUAUAUUUAUAUUUAUAUUCAAACCUGUAGUAUUAUUGAUG